AUGAAGAAGUUAGAGGACCAGGCCGAAGCUGCCAUCAAUGCUCAGACCGAUGCCGAAGACAAAUUUGAGUCUGCUGAGGCCAUUAGGAAGGUUGCUGAGUCCCAAAAAAGAGAGGCCGAGGAGAAGAGGGCCCAAGCCCAAAAAGAGCUGCAGGAGGCCUUAGCUACCAAAGAGGCUGAAAUCAAGGAUGCCGAUGAGAAGGCGUAUGCCCAGGGCAUGGCUGAUGUCACGGAGGCCUACGAAAAGCAAGUGAAGGAGGCAUAUGAGGAAGAUGAGGAGGUUCGCAAAGAUGCUGCUCCUAAGAAAGCUUUAUCCGAUGUUCCUCUUGCCGAUAAGAGCCUAGAUAAAACCCUGCAAGAAAUCGACGCUGAACUUGCGGGCGAGAAGGUUGCUGAGAUGUCUUCUCAGCAAUCCUCCGAGGUCCAAACCCAGCCUGCUGAAGACUCUUAA